AUGUCCGAAUACUGGAAAUCAACUCCUAAAUACUGGUGUAAGCAUUGUAGCACCUACGUACGCGAUACUAAACUCGAGCGUCAAAAUCACGAAGCUACCGCCAAGCAUCAAGGCGCCUUAAAGCGUUUCCUAAGAGACCUACACCGAAAUCACGAACAAGAGCAACGAGAAAAGGAUCGCGCCAAGCGGGAGGUCGAGAGACUCAAUGGCGUAGUUGGCUCUACCUCUUCAGAUCAUCACCAUGCAGCGAGCACUAGUAGAAUAUCGACUUCAGCCUCGUCGCAAACCCAAACACAAGCCGCCGGUUCGCAACGUCAACAGCAAUGGGAACAAUUAGCCGAGAUGGGCAUUGAUGUACCAACCGAACUAAGGGGAGAGAUGGCCAUGGCCAGCGAGUGGACCGUUACCAGCAAGAGGGUUAUCGAUGAUACACCCAAGGCCGAAGACGACUCAGAUGCCAAAUCUCAAAACGUCGAUGCCAUCGCGUCUGGCGUACGGAAACGACCGAAACAUGAAAGUGGGGUAGAUGAGGAAGAAGAGGAGAAUGCAGUCAAGAGUCUAUUCAAGAAGCCUAGGAAAUGGGGUCGCGAUACAAGACAGGCUCCGGAGGAUGACGAAGAGCUAGACGCUCUGCUCAGCGGUGCCUUAGCGAAACCACCCAAGUUGGAAGAUAAUCCUCAGAAUUCUAUUGAUGAAAAGGCCAGCUUAUCGAGCGAGACGAAAGAAAACCCAACAUCUGAUAUAAAAAAGGAGGAAACGACCGACGACCAAGCGCUAUGGUCUAUUAAACCAGAGCUCCAAGAGAAUUAUGAAGAUGCGCCCGUCAAGCAAGAAGGAAACGCGGAGACCGACCUGCCUACUGUGGUUUUUAAGAAGCGAAAGCCUAAGAACAUUCGUCAGAGAUGA